AAACAACCACCGUGGCGCGGAGUUCAGUUCUCGAUAUAUGGCCUCAAGGCUCUAUAGCUACUUCGUAAAUGAACAUGAUGUUUAUACGGCUCCCGCAGAUAAGUCUGCCUUCGCACGUCUACCCACUACAACCCACUUGCCAAAUAUUACUCGAGGUUGACUUUACGGUGACAUGUCGUCAAUCCCAACCAAACACACCAGUCAACGACCACCUCGACUUGCUUACGAAUGUGCAGUAGGCGAACUAUUUGGUCGCGCUCCAAUCUAUGAUGCCAUCUUCUCUUGCGUCUCGCCCCACACGCUUGUACGCAUUGGUCGCAGUUGUCGUAUUGCGUACGCUGCAUCCAAGGACUUCUCUCAUCGUGCCUACAACAUACACCGGCAUCUUUCUCGCUAUCUUUCCGAACCUCUCAAUUUUCGCAGCUUACAGGCACGUACCGGGACGCUUAUUGCGGGCUCGAACGCACUUCAAUUUCUGGAUCGGACGUUUUAUCCCGAAUCUGACAUGGACCUUUACGUGCAUCCAGGGCACGUGAGAGAAGUGUUGGACUAUCUUGUCGAGAGAGAAGGAUAUAAGUUUAGGCCAGACUCGACUCAGCCUGGAGAUUACCGUGAAAUCGUGUCUGAUGAAUGGGAUGGUACUCAAAUCCGCGACGAGUCACUUGAUGAUGACGAGCUCUUACUAUACUACCAAAUCAGAGGAGUUGAAUCUGUACUUUCAAUCGAGAAACGUAGUCCGGAUGGUCUUUUGAAGAUCCAACUUAUAGCCUGCAAGACGAGCCCAUUCGAUGCCAUCAUAAAUUUUCAUUCCACCUGCGUUAUGAAUUUCAUAGCCUUCGACGCAGCUUAUUCUCUGUAUCCAGUGGGGACUUUUGAAAAGAGGGAGACUCUUUCAGUUUGGAGGGCAAGACCGCUGCAUGACCUUACUGUCGUGAUCAAGUACGGCCAACGCGGCUUCGCAUGGAUUUCCACAGUACCGACCGGCACUUCCCCACAAAAUUCCCCCUUCUAUCCUUUCACAGACCGCACCGUUGGAGACUGUUAUACUUGGAAACUGCCUCUAGAUACACGUGGGGUCGCUUUGCGUUCACAAAUGAACCCCUCUUCCUCCGUUUUUCAGUGCGACCCUGUUAUCUACAAUGGAUGGGCUUUGGAGCGAGUACAGCACGGAAUGGGCACCGUCUACAAGACAAUCCAAUCGUCGGUUUUCCGGUACAACUACACGACUACCAACUACAAGCUGAACUUCAAGCUUUGGUUGUUUGCAAUCGAACAGGGCUUUUUGAGUCGUAUACUACUGGAAAGAAAUUUGCUGGAGAAAGAGAGCUGGCCGUGGUUCGACGCUGAGCUUGCCAGCUGCUGGGAAACUUUCAAACAUGAUUUUUUGUCCUUCAUUCGCCGGGACUCUACUUAAUACAAGACUUACAUCAUGUCACCCAACAAUUCUGACUUACGAUGUUAUAUUGUUGAAGCUAAGCAUCCCGUCGUUUCCUUUUAUGCAACAGUCCACUCCUGUAGCUGUUCCACUUCUAUAGACUGUUCAACUCGUGUAGACUUUUCAUUAUGCACCUCAUGUCCGACAAUAGUACACCGUUUAAAAUAUUUUCCCGAAAGUUGAUAUUCUCGUCGGGAUCUUCUAGAGUACAGAACGAGACUGUUCCCAUUAGGAACAGCGAAAUGACGAUUUA